AUGUCGUUGGUGGACUAUGCAUCUUCAGACGACGACGUAUCGGAGGAGAUUAGGGAAAAUAAGGAAAACGAGCCAGCCCAAGUACCCCAGGACGAUCCACAGCCUCCGACUCGUCCUCACACCCAAUCCGUUGUUUCAUCAUAUCAGCAGCCUGAAAGUACUGCCCAUUCAUCAGCUCCUUCGAUUGAGAAACUUCCUGAUGCUUCAAUGCUCUUGAAUUCUCCUGUUUUCUCAUCCAAUAUGUUUAGUGGUGAUGACCACUCUUCUCGUGUUGCAGCUGCAAUAGCUGAAAGUGCAUCACGCAAGAGAGAGUCAAAUGAAUUUGUUUCCUCUGUUCCCCGCAGUAAAGUUCCCAAAGGUAACUUGCCUCAUUCCAAGAAUGUUCCCGAUACAAUUGGUGGUAUGCUGGUUCCACCUCAGCUUAGCGGAAGUUCCUCCCAAUUUCCGGUUCAAUUAGAUACUGCCAAAAGAAAACUACGGGGCCUGAGCUUCUCUAGACAGGAAGAUGUUCUCCUUGUACAAGGAUGGCUUGCAACCAGCAUGAAUGUCGUACACGUAAAAGGUCAACCAAAGGCUACUUAUUGGGGGCGAGUGACACAAUAUUUCCACAACUACAAAACAUUUGCAAGUGAUCGAGAGGAGAAAUCACUCCUACAACGUUGGUCAACUAUUCAACUUGCAACCAAAAAAUUUUGUGAAUAUGUUACUCAAGUGGAAAAUAAGCACAAAUAUGGCAUGAAUGAGCAGGAUAAGUUUUUUUAUUCGAAACAAUUAUACGAAAAAUUGGAAAAGAGAAAAUUUCAUUUUGAUCAUUGCUGGAAGCUGUUGAAGGAUGCCCCAAAGUGGGUGGACGAUAUGCACAAGAAAAAACCAUCAAAUAGAGUAAAAGGUACAAGUCUCUCUCCUGAAUUCUCAUCUCCUUCUACUUCACAGAGUUUGGUAGAACUUGUAGAGGACCAAGUCCGUAAUACUGAAUCUGGGAACAUGGAGAGACCGCAAAAAAGGAAGGAGGUCACAAAUACUGAUGUUGGGAACAUAGAGAGACCACCAAUAAGGAAGGACGUCCUAAAUACUGAUUUCGGGAACACGGUGAGAGCACCGAUAGGGAAGGACAUCCCAAGUAGUGAUUUUGGAAGCAGGGAGAGACCAUCGAUAAGGAAGGACGCCCCGAGUAUUGAUUUUGAGAACACAGAGAGACCACUGAUAAGGAACAUUACAAUUACUGAUUUUGGGAACAUUGAUAGACCGCCAGUAAGGAAGGAUGUCCCAAAUAGUGAUUUUGGAAGCAGGGAGAGAACAUCGAUAAGGAAGGGGGUCCUGAGUAUUGAUUUUGGGAACACAGAGAGACCACUGAUAAAGGACAUACCAAAUACUGAUUUUGGGAACAUUGAGAGACCGCCCGUAAGGAAGGACGUCUCAGAUAGUGAUGUUGAGACCAUGGAGACAUCACCAUUAAGGAGGGAGGUCGUAAAUUCUGAUUUUGGGAACAUGGAGAGACCGUUAAUAAUGAAGGCUGAGAAGCUGAAGACAAAAGAUCACCAUAAGAAUGACAAUGCAAAUAAGCAAGUUGUUGAUCUCUUACGCAUCAUGGAGAAAUGGAGAGACCAAGUUAAUGAAGAGAAAAGGCAAUAUCGGUUAGAGAAAAUGGAGAUGCUUAGGGAGAGGCUUGAGAUGGAUAAAGAAAGGCUGGAGAUGGAUAAAGAGAGGCUUCGACUCGACCGUGAAGACAAAGAGGAGAGAAUAAUGUUGAUGGAUAUAAGUGGAAUGCCUCAUGAGCUUCAACAAUAUUAUCGCCGUCGUCGAAUGGAAAUUCUGGCUAAAGGAAUGGGUGGUGUGUGA